AUGCUCGAGUUCCUGUCCAACGUCGACAACAACCUGUUCGUCGGAGCGGGCGUAGCCGUGGCCGCCGUGAUGGUCGUCAAGUACAUGAACGCACGCGCAGACGCAGCGCAGCAGCGCGCGUACGAAGCGGCCAAGGCGCGACAGGAGGCUCUCAAGGCGGAGCGCGAGAAGCCUAUCAAACGACGUUUCUUCACGCCUGAAGAGCUGCUGCCCUUCAACGGUGAGGACGGCCAGCCCAUCUACAUCGCCGUACUGGACGAAGUGUACGACGUGAGUCGCAAGCGCGACUUCUACGGCCCGGGCGAGGGCUAUCACCUGUUCGCCGGUCGUGACGCGUCCCGAGGAUCUGGACAGCGAUGA